UUUGGUUUCUGCUGAUUCAGUUAUCUCUUAUACGGAAACGUUAUUAUUCCCCAAUAGUCCUCCACCACGUAUAUUCAACAGUAAGAAAAAAGAACGGAUUUACUGGCGUUUGAUCUUUUUUUUUUCUUCUUUUUUUUCUUUUGUCCUAACGCAGUUAAAGUCUCUCCCGUACGGUAAUUAUGGCAUGACCUAGAUAUUAGAGAGAGAGAAAAAGAAAGUUUUUACUUUUUCAUUGAUUUUUCUAGAGAGUGAGAAAUCAAGUCUCUGAGACAAUCCAGCCUAGCUUAGACAGUGUGGAGAAGAAGAAGUAUCGACAGACCCUAUUCCUCUCCAUUUCCGAAAAACACCGACACGGUUUUAUUGUUGUUUGAUUCUAGAAAGAGAAACGAAAUCUUUGUUUCUCCUCUUAAUUUCUUGAGUUAUUCAUCAAAAAUACUAGAGAGAGAAAGAAGAUGUAUGGAGAUUGUCAAGUAAUGUCAUCAAUGGGUGGAGGAGGAAAUAAUAAUAAUAUUGUAUCAACAACAGCACUAGAUCAUCAUCAUCAACACCUAUUUUCAUCUCCAAUUCGAAACCCUAAUAAUAUCAACUAUAACUUCAUGUCUAAUAGUAUGGUGCCUAGUUACCAUCCUUAUGCAUCAAUUAUUCCGAAAGAAGAAGUUGGAUUACAGAUGAUAAUAGGAAACAAUAAAGAAGACGAUAUGGAGAGUGGAUCUGCUGAUGGUAGUGGACAUAUUCAUGAUCAAGGAGGAACUAAUUCAGCUGAUGAUGAACUUUUAUUACAAGAAACUGAUCAGCAACAACAAAACCCUAAAAAGAAACGAUAUCAUCGACAUACUGCUCGUCAGAUUCAAGAAAUGGAAGCGUUGUUUAAGGAAUGCCCACAUCCAGAUGACAAGCAAAGAAUGAGAUUAAGUCAAGAUCUCGGUUUGAAACCACGGCAAGUUAAGUUUUGGUUUCAGAACAGACGUACACAGAUGAAGGCACAACAAGAUCGGUCUGAUAACAUAAUACUAAGGGCAGAAAAUGAUAACCUAAAGAAUGAGAACUAUCGCCUACAAGCUGCUCUAAGGAAUGUAAGCUGCCCUAAUUGUGGAGGUGCUGCCAUUCUGGGAGAGAUGUCUUUGGAUGAACAACAUCUUAGGCUUGAAAAUGCACGGCUCAAAGAAGAGCUGGAGCGUCUUGCUUGCAUUGCACCACGAUUCAAUGUUAGACAGAUGCAAGCAUUAGGACAUGUACCUCAUCAUCUUGCACCAUCAUUGGAACUUGACAUGGGUAUCUACUCAAGAAACUUCCAGGAACCACAGUUGGGGAACUGCGGGGACAUUAUGUCGAUGUCAAGCUGUAAUAUGCCAGAGAACCAACACGAAUUACAAAUUGCAGGAUGUUGUCUGAUUCUUGAUCAAGAGAAGCCACUGGCGAUGCAAUUUGCUAUGAAUGCAAUGGAUGAACUUGUUAAAAUGUGUCAAGCAGCUGAGCCCCUUUGGAUCCGAUGCAAUAACAAAGAUGUGUUGAAUGUUGAAGAGCAUGCAAAAAUGUUUCCAUGGCCAGUGAUGAAUAAUAACCAGAAGCAGCACGAAAAUGAGUUCCGGGUGGAAGCAACCAGAGACAGUGCAGUUGUGUUUAUGAACAGCAUUACUCUCGUCGACGCAUUUUUAGAUGCUAACAAAUGGAUGGAGUUGUUUCCUUCAAUUGUCUCGAGAGCAAAAACUGUUCAAAUUAUUUCCACCGGAGUUUCGGGGCAUGCCAGCAAUUCAUUGCAUCUGAUGCAUGCUGAAUUUCAAGUUCUCACACCUUUGGUUCCUACACGUGAGGCUCAAUUCCUUCGUUACUGCCUCCAAAAUGCUGAAGAAGGGACUUGGGUUAUUGUUGAUUUCCCCAUUGAUAACUUCCAUGCUGACAACAUUCAAAGUUCUUCACUCAGAUAUCGGAAAAAACCCUCUGGUUGUAUAAUUCAAGAUAUGCCCAAUGGAUAUUCUAGGGUGAUAUGGGUAGAACAUGCAGAACUAGAACAUAAACCAGUUCAUCAGAUAUUCAAUCAGUUUGUAAGCAGCGGUAUGGCUUUCGGUGCACACCGUUGGCUAGCCGUUUUGCAACAGCAGUGUGAAAGGUUUGCUAGCCUCAUGGCAAGAAAUAUUUCGGACCUUGGGGGUGUGAUACCGAAUUCGGAAUCAAGAAAGAACUUGAUGAAAUUAUCUCAUAGAAUGAUGAGAACAUUUUGCUUCAAUAUCAGUUGUUCUGGAGGUCAGUCAUGGACGGUUCUAUCCGAAACCUCAGUUGACACAGUUCGAAUUACAACUAGAAAAAGUAUAGACCCUGGGCAACCAAGUGGUCUGAUUCUUUGUGCUGUGUCUACUACUUGGCUUCCCUUUUCUCAUCAGCAAGUUUUUGAAUUCUUAAGAGAUGAACGCCGCAGAUCUCAGCAGCUUGAUGUUCUUUCUGGUGGAACUUCAUCACAAGAGAUUGCCCACAUUGCCAGUGGCUCACAUCCAGGGAAUUGCAUUUCUCUUCUGCGCAUAAACGCAGCAAGUAACUCGGCACAAAACGUAGAGUUGAUGCUUCAGGAAAGUUGUACCGAUAGUUUAGGAAGUAUGGUUGUAUACACCACAAUCGACGUUGAUAGUGUUCAACAAACAAUGAACGGGGGUGAUUCAUCAUACUUUCCGAUUCUACCAUUAGGUUUCGUCAUUUAUCCUGCUAAUCACAUCAACAACAAUGGCGAAAAUGGGCCAGCAUCCUCCUCUGAUGAUCAAGUAAAUGGUCCUACUUCUGGUUGUUUGCUUACAGUUGGUAUACAAAUUCUAGCCAGCACUAUACCAGGUGCGAAACUUAACUUUUCUAGUGCAACGGCUAUCAACAAUCAUAUUUGCAAUGCGGUGCACCAGAUCAAUGCUGUUCUCAGCAGCAGCAACAACCAUAGCAGCGGUAGUCCUGAUGGAUGCAACACAGCUGGAGGCUCUUGUCCAGAGCCUUCUGCUGCAUCGGAGUAGUGCUUCUUAGUUCCACGGACGAACAAUCACCCAAAACUUACUGUCUUUUUUCCAUUGGAAUUACCUAUAAUGCCCUUUAAGUCCCCUUACCAGACUCCAAAUUACCCUCGAAGCAUAUAAGAGUAAUUAGGCAAAAAAAAAAGAAUUGUUACUUUGGAAAUUGGUCUAGUUUUAUUUGUCCAGGUCCAUUCAGCAAAUCUUAGGUUAAGCUUUGUGUUUUCAUCUUUUUCUAGGAUCAGCCUACUCAUCUGGAUCAUUAUUGUCUGAGUCAGAUUCAUGUCCAAUCUUUUCCGGAUUGUUUUCUGAAAGUUGACCAGGAGUCAGCAAAAACCAAACCCUUAUUAGAGGUUGCAUGGCGUGGUUUUUUGGAGAGAAAAUUUGUUAGGAGUUCUUGGUAAUAUAAAAACUGAAGGGUAUUUUUGGUAAUUCCUUAUAUGGACGAUGAGAGAUUGGGUUUUUUUGGGCGAUUGUAGAAAUAAUGAAAAUUUCUGAGAGGUGUUGUAGGAGUUUGAUAUAUAAAUUGUUUUAAAUGUAUUUUGUAUUCUAUUACGAAUGAAAAGAGUGAGGGAGUCAAGAGCGCACCAGUUGUGAUCCUUAGCAAGGAAGGGUGGUUCGGGAAUUGACUUCUGCUUGUUAAACUGUCUUGAAUUCAAUUUCAUUUUGUUGUUCUUUUUGUUCAA